UCUUUGCAUCAGCUAAACAAGGCUUGUUAUUUCUCUGCCUUAGAUACGAAGCAGGCAAGGUUAGAUCAAGCGUUUAAGACAAAACUGUACUUUUUUUUAGUAAGUUGUCACGUGUAUGGAUGAUAGUUUAACUACGUGGACCUAAUAUACACGCAUUUGCUUUAUUAUCAGCUUUAUAAAUUGUACUUGUGUUAGAAAGUGUAAAAUCCCUGUGUCAAAUGGUGAACUGUCACGUGAGUCGGUCUUGCUGUGUGCCUCAAUGUUCAGGAUCUAAAAAUAUUUCAGCCAGGAGUCCCAAAAACGUGAGCUACUUGUGUGGAUUGUGAGAGAAGUGUCCAUAGACAUCCAAGUCUUUAAAUUUGAAGGUGUGACGCACUUAUGAUGGUUUCUUGGGUGUUGUUUCCACGUGUGCUGUCUCCUGCAAACUGGACGUGUGUUGUGGAGAAAGUUAAACUAGUUACAAAUCGCUAUUUUAGCAGAACUUCUGCUGUUUCGGUGGAUCUAUCAGGAAUCUUUCCUCCCAUCCCUACACCUUUCAAUGAAGAUGAAAGCAUUGCUUUCGACAAAUUGGCAAGCAACUUUCAGCACUGGGAGAAGGUACCAUUUCAAGGGUAUGUUGUUCAGGGGUCUAAUGGCGAGUACCCACUUCUAACAACUCAGGAGAGGGUUGGAAUGGUUAGCCAGGUGAGGCAUCUCAUCCCGUCAGACAAAUUGCUUAUCGCUGGAUCCGCUUGUGAAUCAACGCGGGGCACGAUUGAGCUCAGCAAUAAAAUGGCGGCAGCUGGAGCCAAUGCCGUGUUGGUCGUGAAUCCCAGUUACUUUAAGAACAGCAUGACGGCCAGAGCGCUAGUAAGGCACUAUGAGACCGUGGCGGAUCGGAGUUCGGUUCCCGUCAUCAUAUACAAUAUGCCGGCCAACACGGGCAUUGACCUGACAGCAGACCUCAUCAGCCAACUCGCUCCACACCCAAACAUCAUCGGGCUCAAAGACAGCGGUGGAGACAUCGCGAAGAUUGCAAGAGUUGUAUCUCUUACACGACACCACAAAUUCCAAGUUCUGGCGGGUUCAACAGGAUUUCUCCUACCAAGCCUUCUUGUCGGAUGUGUUGGGGGAAUCAAUGGCCUUGCUAACAUUCUAGGUGAUGAAGUUUGUACUAUUUACAACCUAUUCACCAAGUCUAAACUUCAAGAAGCGGUGGAGUUACACCUCCGGCUUGUCACUCCAAACGCCACGGUGACGAGAGAACUUGGCGUACCUGCAAUGAAGGAGGCCAUGGAUAUGAUGGGUCUGUACGGAGGACCUUGCAGACAGCCUCUGCAGCCUCUAACAGAUUCUGACAGGCAGCUGGUUCGAGAUGCUUUCUCAAGAAAUGGCUUUCUUCCGAAGUGUUAAGCACACAGACGAUGACCCUAGAGUCUGAUAGUAAGUUUAUACACCUGAUUCCACAAAGUUAAUAAAAUAUCUAAUACAUGUAA